AUGCUAGCGGAGCUAACCGCGGCUAACGGGAAGCUCAGACACAGCUUUGCAGCAGCUGUAGGAGGUCUGGAGGCUGUCACUGAUGCAAUAGGGGGAGGACAUCUCAAUCAGGUCAUGUCUUAUAAAAUCCCCAAACGCACUCGCUCUGACUCGGACUCUCUGCAGAUGAAGUCUCCUCUGUCCAGACUGAACACACAGAACCAGGUGACCACAUCACUUGGUCACCUUGAAGAUCGGGUUUAUCUUCCCUUCCCUCCGCAGGGUUUCUAUCCCCCGCAGGUGGUCCUCCCUCCGCAGGGUUUCUAUCUCCCGCAGGUGGUCCUCCCUCCGCAGGGUUUCUAUCCCCCGCAGGUGGACUACCGUCCGCAGGGUUUCCAUCCCCCGCAGGUGGACUACCGUCCGCAGGGUUUCCAUCCCCCGCAGGUGGACUACCGUCCGCAGGGUUUCCAUCCCCCGCAGGUGGACUACCGUCCGCAGGGUUUCCAUCCCCCGCAGGUGGACUACCUUCCGCAGGGGUACUACCGUCUGCAGGGUGUCUAUCCCCCAGAGGUGGACUACCUUCCGCAGGGGGACUACCGUCCGCAGGGUUUCCAUCCCCCGCAGGUGGACUACCGUCCGCAGGGUUUCCAUCCCCCACAGGUUGACUACCGUCCGCAGGGUUUCCAUCCCCCACAGGUGGACUACCUUCCGCAGGGUGUCUAUCCCCCACAGGUGGACUACCGUCCGCAGGGUGUCUAUCCCCCACAGGUGGACUACCUUCCGCAGGGUGUCUAUCCCCCACAGGUGGACUACCUUCCGCAGGGUGUCUAUCCCCCACAGGUGGACUACCUUCCGCAGGGGGACUACCGUCCGCAGGGUUUCCAUCCCCCACAGGUGGACUACCUUCCGCAGGGUGUCUAUCCCCCACAGGUGGACUACCUUCCGCAGGGGGACUACCGUCCGCAGGGUUUCUAUCCCCCACAGGUGGACUACCUUCCGCAGGGGGACUACCGUCUGCAGGGUCUCUUUCCCCUGCAGGUGGACUACCCUCCUCAGGGCUUCUACCCCCCGCAGGUGGACGACCCUCAGCUGGUGGUUCUCCCUCCGCAGGCGGAUGUUGUGGAUUCUGAUGUUCAGCCUCCCUCCCCCCCUCUUUCUUCACCUCCUGAUUCUCCUUACUUUCUUUGUCCUUCCCCAGCACCUUCCUCUCCGGUUCCCACGUCUCCCUCUUCUUCCUGCUCUUCUGAUUUUUCCGCCUCAGAUUUCCAGAGCCCUGAGGAGUUCCUGAACGUUUUCGUCCAGACUCUGGAUUCAGCUGCCUCCCCCACUACUUCUCCUCUUCAGGUUCCUGCUAGUCAUGGUCCAGCCUCUCCCUCUUCUCCUUCUGCACCUUCCUCAUCAUCUUUUUCUGCCUCUGAUUUCCAGAGCCUUGAGGAGUUCCUGGACUUUUUUGUGCAGACUUUAGAUCCAGCUCCUGCCUCCCCCACGGUUUCUCCUCUUCAGGUUCCUCUCAUCCUUGAUCCAGAGGAGUUGGUUUUAGGUCCAGAUCUCCCUUCUCUCUCUGUGUCAGAUGUCCGUGACCCAGAUUGCCCUACAGUUCCUAACACUGCUUCUCCGACUCCCUCUUCUUCCCACAAACGUAGCAGGUCCGAGUGCUCUGCUGAGAACAGCUCCAAGAGGCGGCGCUGCUCGUCUCCUGCUCCUGCCUUCUCCCCUCCUCCCCUCUCCCCUGCUCCCUCUUCUUCCUCCCGCUCUCCUUCGUCCUAA